AUGCUGUACAAUGCCACUGUAACGAGCGUGAGUGCGAUUGCAACGGGGAUAAACAAGGCGUACCAGACGUACACGGACUAUUACGAGCGUGACCAGAUCGAAGCUCUGAAGAAAUCUGGCAAGCGACCAGCCGACAACCUCUAUCUAGUGCUGCAGCGCUUUCAGUACCUCUGCAUGGCUGGCUACAACAACGAGGUUGCUGCUGCCGCCCAGAAGGCAGCUGCCAAGCUGACGGCAGGAGAGAAGAGCUCAGUGGCUCAUGAGACGCUGCUGCUUCUCUGCCGCGUGCUGUCGUCAGUGUCGCAGCGGUACGGCGAGCAGUCGGGGCAGGGGUGGGGGCUGCAGGACUUUCUGAACUCGUCUCGCAUGGGCAAGGACCACUUUGACCGCGACCAGCUCGUCAUUGACUUCUACUUCGCCAUCCUCUUCGUCCAGGACGUGUGUGGGGGACCCGGGCCACAGUUUGAGCAGGCCAUUCGUGAGGCAACAGGGAGGCUGGUGGAGGGGGAUAAAUACGUGGGUGAGGGAGGGGGGUUCUCUGGUGGCGGUGCAGCGUUCGGUGGUGCUUCCUCCUCCGUCCCCUCCUAUGCUGCUGUGCCAUCCGCCAGCGCUCUACCCUCUGAUCAAGACCCCAAGUGCCCAGUCGCCAGGAAGAAGGUGAUGAAGGUGGUGCAGGUGCCCAGUCGCCAGGAAGAAGGUGAUGAAGGUGGUGCAGGUGCUAUCGCAGGCCGUCCGCAGGACGUGGGCGAGGGAGGGGGGUUCUUUGGUAGCGGUGCUGCCUUCGGCGGUGCCUCCUCCUCCGUCCCCUCCUAUGCUGCUGUGCCAUCCGCCAACGCUCUACCCUCUGAUCAAGACCCCAAAAUUUUCAAGAACACCCUGCAGUAUGAGGGCGUGCUUUUGAGAAUUCUAAAAAAUACCCUGCAGUAUGAGGGCGUGCUUUUGAGAAUUCUCAAAAACACCCUGCAGUAUGAGGGCGUGCUUUUGAGAAUUCUCAAAAACACCCUGCAGUAUGAGGGCGUGCUUUUGAGAAUUUUCAAAAACACCCUGCAGUAUGAGGGCGUGCUUUUGAGAAUUCUCAAAAACACCCUGCAGUAUGAGGGCGUGCUGACUCUUCUGGCGCUUUAUUCGUUGCUGCCUUUAGGGCUGACUAUUGCCUCCAUCCAUCCCGUCCUGUGCCUCUGUUCCGUCGGCCAGUGCUCUACCUACCUGCCGAUCAAGGCCCUAAGUGAGCUGCUUCUCUUUGUGUCAUAUGAUGUGAGAGAGAGGAAGAAAGCGAUGAAGGUGGUGCAAGUGCUAUCUCAGGGCGUGCGCAAGGCAGCAGAGGAUGCAGACGGGCGCAAGCAGCGGUCGCUCAAAGAAGCAGAGGACAUGCUCCGACCGCCGUCUCAUGCAAUCACUUAUACCCCUUGGCUUUCCCCUUUUCUCCCUACCCCCUCCUCCUCCUUCUCUCUGUUUCUCUUCUCUUUCUCUCCCCUGUUCCCGGCCCCACUCCCAAUCGCCAGGAAGAAGGCGAUGAAGGUGGUGCAGGUGUUAUCUCAAGCCGAAGAAAGCGAUGAAGGUGGUACAGGUGCUGUCACAAGCUGUGCGCAAGGCAGCAGGAAGAAAGCGAUGAAGGUGGCGCAGGUGUUGUCGCAAGCCGUGCGGAAGGCAGCAGAGGAUGCGGACGGGCGCAAGCAGCGCUCCCUCAAGGAAGCAGAGGACAUGCUUCGACUGCCAUCUCAUGCAGUGCUAUCCCAGGCCGUGCGAAAGGCAGCAGAGGAUGCAGACGGGCGCAAGCAGUGCUCCCUCAAAGAUGCAGAGGACAUGCUUCAACUGCCAUCACAUGCAAGCACACAUACCCCUCGGCUUUCCCCUUGUCCACCUACCCCCUGCCCCUCCUCCUCUCUGUUUCUCUUCUUUUUAUCUCCCCCUUCUCCCCCCCCUUCACACCCCACUUGCCUUGCCAGGAAGAAAGCGAUGAAGGUGGUGCAGGUGUUAUCUCAAGCCGUGCGAAAGGCAGCAGAGGAUGCAGACGGGCGCAAGCAGCGCUCCCUCAAAGAAGCAGAGGACAUGCUUCGACGCGAAAACGAAAAGGCAGCUGCGGCCGCCGGCGUGGCCUAUGCCGGACCUCCCGCCAAGCCUCUCAGCAGCUUCGGCGGCGGAGCCUCGGCAGCAGCUCCGGUCGGAGGGUAUGGUUCGGCGGGUGGUAUGGCGGCGAAGCCGAGUAGCGUGUCGAAUUGGAGUGGGGGGAGUGGGGCUGCUGCUGCUGCGCCCAGCCCUUGGGGUGGGGGAGGGGGGAGUGCGUUGGGGGGACCAGUAGGGGGAACGAUGGGGGGAGGUGCAGGGGGGAGUGUGUGGGGAGGAGGGGGGAGUGCGAGUGUGGGAGGGGGAGGGGGUUUUGGAGGAGGUAGCGGUGGUGGUGGGGGGGGCUGGGGGGGGAGUGCGUCAACAGGAGGGGGAGGGGGAGCGUGGGGGGCAGGGGGAGGGCAGGCAGGGGGGAGUGCAGGGGGGUGGGGGGGAACGACAGGGGGAAGCACGACGGGAGGGAGUUCUGGGUGGGGUACCGGCACUGGUGGCAGCUUGAUAUAA